AUGUCGGCUAAAAGCCUGCGACAAAAUUGUACUUACAAAUGGUUAAUUAUUUGGAAAGUAUUUUUUAAAAGCGUGAUAUGUUUGAAAUUUCGUCCUUUAAAUAAAGUAUUCUUUGACUUUCAGGACCAAGAUAACAGUACUUCUAUUCUUUCUUCAACCGAUCGCAAUUAUAUUAAUGCACAUUAUUUUAAUGAAUGUGGUACUUAUUCCGUAAGAGUUUCCCAACGUCGCAGCGCCGAUGUUACUACGAAACUCACAACUGAAAACUUUGAAUAUUACAAGGAUAAAGUGUGGCCUUUAGGAAUUGUUUUGUACGGCUUACAGGAUGAGUUACUUAAAGGUGGCACACCAGAUCAUAAUCUGCUCUCUUACGCAAUGACGACAAUCGAAUUGUUGACUUGCGUUGUGUUUCAUGAAAUUAAAAAUGAAGAUGUAUUGGUGACAAAAAAUUAUGUAUGGUUUACCAGUGACGGGGAAGAUACACCAUACUUUGGCUUUCAGGAAGGCAAACAGAUCUUGAAACUAUCAUCCAUAACAAAUGGUGCUCCUGGCCAUAAGGCACACGUGAUAAAUAAUCUAAUGAGAAUUCUUGGUGUGCAUAUGAUGUCGAAUCGCUUUGACAGGGACAAUUACAUUUCCAUUAAUUGGGAGCGAGUUCAAAACGGAUUUGUGAAUAAAAAAAUAUCGUCGUAUAAUAAUGAUAAUAAUAUGUUUUCAGGGAAGGAACACUUGCUGGAAAAAGCUCCUGAACAAUCGUGGUUGUCAAGUAUACCGUAUGAUUUUCAAAGUGCCACUCAUGCACCGGCCAAUUUUAUUUGUUCUUCAUGUGAGUUAGGUGCUAGUACUGUUCAACCCAUUCAGGUAAAUCAAUAA